AUGCUGCUCCAAUACAGGCAGACGAACUGUUCGCAAUGGCCGGAUCAGUGCCCUUUCAUCACCUUUCUGGUCUUCUCCGAGCUGUGUCUCCUCUCCCACAACAGCCUCUGCUUCAUCGUCGGCAUCUACGUCGUCCAUCUGACCCCGUUUCAUUUCAACCUGAAGGUCUUGCUCUUCACCCUCUUCAGCAACUAUUUCCUCUCAAUCGCCUCGAGAUGCCUCGUCAUUUUAUACGAGAACGAGUGGAUCACUUUGGAGGGUCAGUUGAGAAUUUUUAUGUUUUAUCAGCUUUAAUUAUGAAAUUAUUUAAUUUUACAAGCUGAAGACGUCUUGUUUCCAUGAAGUUUAGUUUUUGAAUAUAUGUUGAAAAUGGUGAAAGUGAGGCUACUGAAGUUGGGAAUUUUUCGGGAUGUUCUACUUGUUUUACUAGAAAAAAGGGUACUCGGAAAUCUUUUAGUGGCCACCUCAGGGUUUCAACGUUUUAGGGGCCACUAUAAUCGCUCUUUUAGUGGCAACUUAAGUAAAUCAAUUUCAGUGGCCUCUUUAGAAGUCCAAGUGAUGCUACUAGACCACUAAAGAACACUGCAGUGGCCACUAAAACGCAAAACGGGGGCUUCUAUAGAGGUCGUUUUAAGGGCCACUUUAGUGUCCUCUCCAAGUAGUCCUUGAAGAACGUCUUAAGUGGCCACUAGAGUGUUUUCUAGUAAAUUUUAUUUAGACUGGAAAAUACCGGAAAAUUUUGCUGUAGCAAGACCUACGUACGAUUCGAUAAUUUUAAAAAUACUUAAAAUGAAACCGAUGAUUUUUUUACCAUUAAAUUUUACCUAAAACUUGUUUUGGGCAUCCCAGGAGCAUAAAUCCAUCUUUUCAAAUCGGAUUUUGGCGCUUUUCCAGCAGUUUUUAAAGCUUAUUGUACAUUAAAAUCGACUCUUUGGGUGAAUUUAAAGUAGUUUUGCCCCUUAUAAACUAAUUUUUGGAUAAAAAGAGCUUUCCACGGGUAGUAGCCCAAAUUUCACAGCCUUAUAGUCACGAAAUUUCAAGUUUUUUUCAAGAUCCAGUGAGAUUUUGGCAGAAAUUUAAUGGAUUUAUGUGCUCCAUGGACAGUUUUAGGGUCUUGAGAUAUCUAUGACGAAUUUUAUAGAAAAAAAUUUUUUUGACCUCAUCUCUAACUUUUAAUCAAAGAAAAAAAUAUAUCCAUUGGUGUAAAAAAAAGUCUGAAACAUCACUUUUUGCAGGUGAUCCUGAAAAUCACUGGCCAAUCUUGAUCGCCAGCUGGUUCCGUGUUUAUUAUAUGGUUUUCGCUGUGAAUGCGUGAGUUUCUUUUUAAAAAUUCCGAGAAUUUACUGAAAAAUACGUUCCAGAGUCGGUUCAUUGGCAUUUGAGCGUUAUUUCGCGACGAUUUGGGCCGUGAAUUACGAGAAGAAGAAGCGGAAAUGGAUAUCGUAUCUAAUUGUGUCGAUGAUGUUGAUCUCAGGAUCCAUUGUUUCAACUGUCAUAUUGUUGGGUGAGUUCUGCAGCCGACCAGAAACUACUUGCGCGCGGUGACACUUUGAAAGGUGACUAGAGAGAAACUUGCUCUAUUUUGGCGCUUAAAAGGGCGUCUAUAUGGAAACAAGCUUGCUGGAUUCAGUUUUUUGAGCUUGUUUUUGAACUGGACUUGACAAAAACUGGAUAGGUUUGUGAAAAAAGAUGGCUGCUCAAAAUUAAGAGAUAAAUUUUGGAUUGAGCUCGAUUUAUGGGUGAUAGACAGAUUUGGCCAAAAAGAAUAACUGUCUUUUGCAAAAUGUCCUGAAAAAUUUAGCUUGAGAUUUUUUUUAAAAAAAGUUUUUUUAAAAAAGUUUCCGAGUCUUUAAGGCUUCAGACAGCACUCUUUUUUGACUUUGACCGGUCAUAACUUUUUUCUUCGACCUUUCUGUUAUUUUUCAAGCGCAGAUUCAAAACCACCGUAAAAAACAGCAUCUGGUGAACAUAAUCUCAAUCAGAAGUCCCACUGUGAACUGAAAUCAUUCCCUUGUGAGGAAGAAUUUAAACGCAGCGCGACCGCGAUGCUUCAAAAAAAAAUUUGAUUCUUUCAGAAUUUUUCUCGCUCAUCCCUUUGGUUAUUAUUGGUGUUGGUACUAAUAUUUUCUUCCUAGCGGUUUGUCGUUGAUCAAUUUUUUAAAAAGAGAUCGAAAUUCAGAUAUUUCCUCUUGUUGUUCAAUACAAAUCGACUCAAAGCUGAGACACUUAGAAAGGCCGAGAAUUCGGCGAGAAGUCCCUACACGCUGAGUUAUCGGUUCCAGCUCAAGGAGAAUUUGCGAGUUAUGAAGGUGAGAAUUUUAUCCAGAAAAAAUAGCCGCGGAUUGAAGUGUUUUGCGCUCUGUGGAUAAUCAUGUAGGAGCGGAAAAGGGACAUUUUUUGACUUGACUUCGGAGGAUGAAAAAAAAAAAGAUUAGCUUGGAAACUUGGACCAAAAAAGAUCAUAAAGCUUACCGGAGAAAAAAUGGCCGAAAUUAAGGAUUUUAUUUGCGCUCCAUGGAGAAUCGUGAAAAAAAUAAAUGAAGCUGGACCAUUAUGCUAGUCAAAUACUCCUUGAAUGGAAAAAAAAUCUGUAGUUUGGUUUUUUCCACAACUUGGAACUGCCUGGUUUCUCUGGGUACUCUUUUCCCUCGGCAAUUAUUUUAUAUUCUACCUCUUUUACGAGAGAAAAGAGAGCGCAGACAGGUCAGACUGCAAAAAUGCUCUAACACGCGCCCGACUUGAAACAACUUGACUUCGCAAAAUUUUGUAACCUUUUUUUUUGCAGUUACUUCGAAACGCUGUCAUAAUAUGCACGGGUGGCAAUUCUGUAUGUGGCUGUAUAAUGAUAGGUUUUUUUUUUCUUUAUGAUUAAAAUUAACAAAGCCUUGAAAUGAAAUUUCAGCUUCAUUUUCCGAAGUUUUCAAAGGUGUUCAAGCCGUUUAUGUCCAUUCCGCCUUCAAUCUCAGCAUGGCGGUGUGAGUUUUGAAUAAAAUUAUAAAAAAAAGAUUUCUAUCCAGAUUUGUUAUCGUUUUAAGCUUAACUUGCUUGUUAUCCGACGAUUCCUAUAGAAAACAGUUUUUCUCAAUCGCCAUUGUUCGUAAGUUUUCUCUAGAACAAAAAACUGAAUAAUUUUCAUGAAAAAUUCAGGACUUUUCUCAAAUUUGCUCCUUCGACCUUGUUAUGCGGAGGAAUUGAAAAAGGCAAACACUGUGGCGGACGUCGUCAAAAAUGAAACGCAUAUUUAUUUCACUUCACUCGCCGAACAGUGGGAGCAAUACCGACCUCCUGAAGUUUAUUUGAAGAAGAGGAGCACACUCGAGAAAAUGUGA